CACGGAUUCCGCGCUCUCCUCCCCCACCUUAGGUGGCCUCGCCGCGCUCCUCUCCUCCUUCCCGCGGCGAACUUCCAAAAAGCUUGGACUUUUGAGUUCAAGACGGCGACAGAUUCCGUCGAUGCGAGGCCGAAGGCGCCAGAUCCAGACCACUACCAACACGACGCCGGCAGCAACCUUCCCACAAGCAGCGGCCAUGGUGUACUCGGCCUCCCUGCAAAGCUUCCUCCCGCCCUCGGCCCACGCGGCGACGUCGUCGUUCCAGCACCGGCCCAACCGUGCCCGCCCCUUCCAGUGCGCGGCCGUUUCCGCCCCGUCGUCUUCGGCCGCCUCGCCGUCGGCCUCGGCCGUCCCGGCGGAGCGGGUGGAGCAGCGCUGCAGCGGGAGGGCAGGUACUGGAUGCUCAAGGAGAAGUACCGCACCAGCCUCACAAGCUCACCAAGCUGCCCAUGGAGCGGACGCCGACAAGCUCACCAAGGAGGACGUCGACGUGCGGCUCGGCCUCUUCCACCGCCGCAAGCAGCAGUGUAUGCCCCUGCUCUGUCAAGGGAUCAGGGAUGCGUUGAAGGUUAGGAGCCUGAUGAACGAGCUGACUGCAGCCAAGACUGAGCUGAAACAAUCAAGGGAGGUGAUCAGCAACAGUAAGAAGGCUCUGCUAGACAAUGCCCUGAGCCAGCUCGACGCGUUCAAGAAUCUAAGCAAUCCAGCAAUUAACAGCAGCGGCAACAGAGGCGGGGCGGGGAAUACCAGCAGCAACAGAGGUGAGAGCGGGCGCGACCUUCGGAGGAGGGCCAGCACGGAGAGGAAGACCCUGGGCUAGGAGGAGAGGUUGAGCAGGGCCAACGCGGCGAUGAAGACCCUGGGCCAGAGCGGCGAGGAAGACCCAGCGCCGCGACGGCGUCCAAAAUUGUCCGCGGCGACGGCGGCCAAGGCGGACCAAAUCAAGGACCUAGUCGUCGAUUUACUGCUUCUUGGCACGAUUCAGAGGGAGGUGACGAAGAGGAAGAACUUUAGGAGCAAUCCCGCUGCUCAGGUAGGCGAGGGCACACCCAUGGCGGCUGCGCAGCUGGGCGGCGGUGCAAGGCGCCUCCGUGGAGGUCCUGCGCGUCUCCUCCGCGACCACGCAAGUCGUCUCCUGCACAGGCGGCUGGGUCUUGCGACGCGCGGAGACUCUCUCUGGGUGCUGAGGAGAACGGGGGAGGAAGACGGGGGAUGGUGGCCGGAGCUGGCGACGCGCGAGCGACGGUGGAGAAGUGAGGAAG